GAGAGAGUGUGUGUGUGUGUGUGUGUGUGUGUGAGAGAGAGAGAGAGAGAGAGUGUGUAUUUGUGUUUUUAUGACUCUGUUUAUCAGAUGAGGGGUGUGACAUUCAUUCAGAUGAAAGUAAAACUAAAUCAAUUCUCAGGAACUCUUGUGUCUUGUGCUGAAGAAACACAUUUGUCUUUACAUGUUUAUGUCAUUUUUCCACAUGUUUCAUGUCCUAAUGGAGUUAUUUAAUGUAAACAGACUUCAGUGGGGAUGUGUUUAUCACUGACACCUGAUGUGAUGCAUCUCACUGUUAUUACCAGGAUUUGACGUGUCAUUCAGAGAUGAAGUUCAUUUGUGUGACUUUACUGAUUAUUACUGGAAUUACACAAUCAGAUGAGUACGAGGUGAUUGGACCUUCAGCUCCUGUGAUGACUGUAUCUGGUGAAGAUGUGAUUCUGCCGUGUUCUAUCAAACCCAACUUCAGUGCUGUGAACAUGAGAGUCCAGUGGAUCAGACUUGAUCUGAAAGACUCAAUAGUUCAUCUGUAUAAAGAUCAUAAAGACAUAAACACAGAUCAGCUUCAGUCGUACAGAGGAAGAACUCAAGUGUUUAAAGAAGAACUAGAGAAAGGAAACACAUCACUCAAACUCUCAAGAGUCCAAAUCUCUGAUGAAGGACUUUACAAGUGUUUCAUUCAGUCUGAAUCCUGGAGUGAUGACAUCACUGUUGAUCUCAGAGUUGAAGCUGAGCAAAAUAACAUUGAUGGAGAUGAAAUAUUUCACUCUUUGAAGUCUUCAGUGAUCACAGUUGCUAUUGUGCUCAGUUUGAUCGCUGCAAUGUUGAUCGUUGGAGUCGUCUAUAAAAAGAGAGGACUACAGAUGGAGCACCAGAGAAUAAAUGAGGAGCGUGAGACACUUUUGCUGAGAGAGGAGAGGACUGAAAGUGUGACUUCAUUGAUAAAAAAAACAUUCAGUGAAUGUGACUCUGGAUGCUGAUUCAGCUCAUCCUCAUCUCAUUGUGUCUCAUGAUGAGAAACAAGUGAGAUGUGAAAACAAAGAUCAAAGAGAAGAGAAUCAAGAUGAAGAGCAAAAGAACACGUUUGAUAACUAUCUGGGUGUUCUUGCCACUGAAGGAUUCUCUUCAGGAUGUUUUUACUAUGAGGUUCAGG